CACAUUUCUAAGAACAUAUCGAGUUAUUGACUCCGUCUACCUCUUUCUCUCAUCUUAAAUCUGCACCACAAUUAUGUUCGUCGGACCGCUGCCGGAACCAAUUUACCGCCAUCAUACCGUUGUCGGAUCCAUCAUAGUGCCACUUCUUCACUCUUUCCUGAUAUGCUUGUCCACCACAUCUCAUCGUCGAAGACCACCUUCAUCUGCCUCUCAUCUUCCCAAACCGCUACCAGAUUUCGUUUCAAAGACCAUUAGAUCUUGCUUCACCGGAUCUGAAGCAGAAGUCCAUCAGAUUUGGUCUACUAUCUCGUUCCAACAUUUUACAGUCACAAAACCGAGAACGAAGAUAUGCUCUUUCUUCCUUCAUCAUCUACUGUAACAGUGAUAGUUUCUCCGAGCUGGAAACCCACCCAAUCGUAGAUGCCCUGUAGUUCUGGAUUCAAAAUAUGUGUAUUAUCAGGUUGUAAAUUAUGUUCUGGAUUCACAUCAUAUCUUGAUUAUAAGUCUAGUAGUGACCACUGGGAUGUUCGUGACAACUUGUUUCAUGACGAUGGUGAUGAUAAUCGUGAGGAAGCAGCAAAUUAUAACUCUUCUUUAUUUCUUGUACUUUUCCGAUCAAUCAAACUCUUUUACCUCUAAGCUGCCUUCUUCAAGGUUCCAAAAGGUGGAUGGAUCCCACUCCUACUCUCUCUAACCUUCAUGUCAUAUUCAUAUGGAAUUAUGGUAAACCAAAAAAAAAAAAAAAAAAAAAACGAAUUUGAACAUGUGAUAGAUACUUAUAUGAUUUGAAAAAAAAAAAAUUGAAAUAUUACUCAAUAGUUCUUAUCCCUAUCGGUACGAUUGUUUUUGAAAAAUGUUAUAUUUUUGGUAGUAUUUUGAACUAGAUGACAUCAAUAAUUGUUGUUGGUCUAAAAAAAGUAUAUCAUUUUGUUACGUAGAGCUUUUCCCAUG